AUGGAACUUCGAACGGCGUCGAACAACGACGAAAAACGCAUCGUUAUUGGGAUGACGGGCGCGACGGGCGCAAUCCUUGGCAUCAAACUUCUCAUAACCUUAAGACGACUGAACGUUGAGACACAGCUUGUUAUCAGUCAAUGGGCUGAAGCCACCAUGAAGUACGAAACGGACUAUACUCCAGCCAAUGUUCGGGCACUUGCCGAUCACGUGCACUCGAAUCACGACCAAGCCGCUCCUAUAUCAAGUGGUUCUUUCCAUGCCAAUGGCAUGAUCAUUUUCCCGUGCAGUAUGAAGACACUUGCAGCUGUCAAUGCAGAAUACUGCGACGACCUCAUCUCCCGAGCAGCGGAUGUGAUGUUGAAAGAGCGACGUCGAUUGGUCCUCGCCGUAAGAGAAACUCCUUUGAGUGAGAUUCAUAAAUAUGUUGGAUGUCACGAGGGCUGGGGCAAUCAUUUGUCCGGCAAUGCCAGCGUUUUAUACAAAACCUGGCUCGAUAGACGAUCUGGUCGACCAGAUGGUGGGGAGAAUGUUAGAUUUGUUUGA